UAUUUGUCUCGGUCCACCGUUGUCUUCUCUUCUGUCCUCUCUCUCUCUCUCUCUCUACUCUCCGCCUUCACAGUUCGGUCACCCACCACCGUCUACCCCAACUCUCCUCCGGUGGCCAAAUUCCGUCCAUCUUACCGGAGCUAGGAGCUAGGAGCUAGCCCCCUAGGCUUGGCACCACAUUGAAAAACUAAGGAAUGUGCUGGAGAUAUUAACUUAAAGCUAAUUUGGAUGGAGUGCGUGGUUCAGGGAAUUAUAGAGACACAGCAUGUUGAGGCCCUCGAAAUUCUUCUUCAGGGUCUUUGUGGUGUUCUUAAAGAACGCUUGAGGAUCCAUGAAAUAUGCCUUAAAAGUGGCCCAAACCUUGGGGCUGUAGCUUCAGAGGUUCGACUCUUAUGCGAUCUUGAGCAGCCUGAACCCACAUGGACCGUUAGACAUAUAGGAGGUGCAAUGAGGGGUGCAGGUGCUGAGCAAAUUUCAGUUCUAGUAAGGACCAUGGUGGAAAGCAAAGUCAGCAAGAAUGUGCUCCGCUUAUUUUAUGCACUAGGCUACAAGUUAGACCAUGAGCUGCUAAGAGUGGGAUUUGCCUUCCAUUUCCAAAGGGGUGCUCAAAUCACUGUUACUGUGUCCUCAGUUAAUAAGAUGCUGAAACUACAUGCAACUGAUGAGGCUGUGCCUGUAACUCCGGGUAUACAGGUGGUUGAAGUGACAGCCCCCGCAUCUGCUGAAAAUUAUACUGAAGUUGUUUCUGCAGUGUCAUCUUUCUGCGAAUAUCUUGCACCGCUCCUGCAUUUGUCAAAACCGGGAAUUUCAACAGGGGUUGUUCCAACUGCUGCUGCUGCUGCUGCAUCUCUUAUGUCAGAUGGUGGGGGUACAACCUUAUAGUGGGGUUGUAAAUUACAAGAGUUGAAAGUUAUGUAUUUAUGAUGAAUUUGCUGGCAAAACUGUAAAAGUUGGUAGUAUUUUCGUAACUAUAACUAUAUGAAGCCUUUGUAGGGUCUUUGUUUAGAAAUGAGAGUUGUAAAAUUUAAAUGCUUUUUUUGAGGCUUUUGCCACUCAACUUGAAAAGAUUGAAUUCUUUACUUUGGUA